UCUUCUCCUUCGUCCGCUUCUCUACUCCAAAACCCUCAUUUCUCAGAUCUGAAACCUCCGCAGCCAUGGCUCUCCAAAUCGAGAAGACCACCUCCGGCCGCGAGUACAAGGUCAAGGACAUGUCCCAGGCCGACUUCGGCCGCCUCGAAAUCGAGCUCGCCGAGGUCGAGAUGCCCGGCCUCAUGUCCUGCCGCACCGAAUUCGGCCCCUCCCAGCCUUUCAAGGGCGCCAGGAUCACCGGAUCCCUCCACAUGACCAUCCAGACCGCCGUCCUCAUCGAGACCCUCACCGCCCUCGGCGCCGAGGUCAGAUGGUGCUCCUGCAACAUCUUCUCCACCCAGGACCACGCCGCCGCGGCCAUCGCCCGCGACAGCGCUGCCGUCUUCGCCUGGAAGGGGGAGACCUUGCAGGAGUACUGGUGGUGCACCGAGCGCGCCCUGGACUGGGGCCCCGGCGGCGGACCGGAUCUGAUUGUUGACGACGGCGGCGACACCACGCUGCUGAUUCACGAGGGCGUGAAGGCGGAGCUGGAGUAUGAGAAGACGGGGAAGCUGCCGGAUCCGAGCUCCACUGACAACGCCGAGUUUCAGAUCGUGCUGACGCUGAUCAGAGAUGGCUUGAAGGGAGAUCCGACCAAGUACAGGAAGAUGAAUGAGAGAUUGGUUGGCGUUUCGGAGGAGACGACGACUGGUGUGAAGAGGCUGUAUCAGAUGCAGGCUAAUGGCACUCUGCUUUUCCCUGCCAUUAAUGUCAAUGACUCUGUCACCAAGAGCAAGUUUGACAACCUCUACGGGUGCCGCCACUCACUUCCCGAUGGUCUGAUGAGGGCAACUGACGUCAUGAUCGCCGGAAAGGUUGGCGUUGUCUGUGGUUACGGAGAUGUUGGGAAGGGCUGUGCCGCCGCCCUGAAACAGGGUGGUGCUCGUGUGGUCGUGACUGAGAUCGAUCCCAUCUGCGCUCUCCAAGCCCUCAUGGAAGGCUUCGAAGUCCUAACCCUCGAGGACGUGGUCUCCACCGCCGACAUCUUUGUCACCACCACCGGCAACAAGGACAUCAUCAUGCUCGAGCACAUGAGGAAGAUGAAGAACAACGCCAUCGUCUGCAACAUCGGCCACUUUGACAACGAGAUCGACAUGCAGGGACUCGAGAACUUCCCGGGCGUGAAGAGGGUCACCAUCAAGCCCCAGACGGACAGGUGGAUCUUCCCGGACACCAAGACCGGCAUCAUCGUCCUGGCUGAGGGCAGGCUGAUGAACCUGGGAUGCGCCACGGGGCACCCCAGCUUCGUCAUGUCGUGCUCCUUCACCAACCAGGUCAUCGCCCAGCUCGAGCUGUGGAACGAGAGGAGCUCCGGGAAGUAUGAGAAGAAGGUGUACGUGCUGCCCAAGCACCUCGACGAGAAGGUGGCGGCCCUCCAUCUCGGGAAGCUCGGUGCCAAGCUCACGAAGCUGAGCAAGGAGCAGGCCGACUACAUCAGUGUGCCGGUUGAGGGGCCUUACAAGCCUUUGCACUACAGGUACUAAAAGGGACAAGAAGUUGCAACCCAGAGAAAAGAAGAUCUCUUAUUAUCAUUAUUGUUGUUUUUGAUUGUCUUAGAAUUUGUGGUUUUCAUGUUUUUUGUUUGAGGUGUUUGCUGGCGCAGCAGCUACCAUUUUCCAUGUUGGAAUUUGCUUUUAUGGCCAAAAUAACUUGAGGAUUUUCUUUUCUUA